AUGACUGGAAUGCUUGGGAUGCUUCGCCAUGAUCUUCACCAAGGACUACCUGAAAUGUUUUUUGAACAAAAUCAAGAAGAUGUAGUUGAAGAUGGUUCAACCAUUGAUUCUCAAAGACCUACUAAUAAUACCAACAUCGAUUGGUCAGUUGAUGAUAUACUCUUUCAAAUGUAG